AUGCUGCUUAGAAGUCGCCAUAUAAAUGUCGAGCUGAGGGGGAAAAGGGUUGUUUUCUUGAAGCAGCUGCCAUCCGGGUUGCUUCUUGUCACUGGUCCGUACAAGAUCAAUGGUGUUCCUCUAAGACGCGUGAACCAGGCCUAUGUUAUUGGAACAUCUACAAAGGUUGACAUUUCUGGAGUGAACUUGGACAAGUUUGAUGACAAGUACUUUGCCAAGCAAGUGGAGAAGAAGAAGAAAAAGGGCGAGAGUGAGUUCUUUGAGUCUGAGAAAGAGGAAAAGAACACCCUCCCUGCAGAGAAAAAAGAUGAUCAGAAGGUUGUUGAUGCACCUUUGUUGAAAGCUAUUGAAGCUGUUGCAGACCUCAAGACCUAUUUGGGUGCCAGGUUCUCUCUCAAGUCUGGCAUGAAACCUCACGAGCUGGUCUUCUAG